UUUAGGCUGAGCCAAUAGGAGGCAGAGAAGGGCGGGUCAUGCCGAGGUAAAUAUUGCUACAAGUUCACAUGAAAGUUUGUGAUGAACCGGUAAGAUGAAGCGCGCGAUCAAAACAAAAAACUCAGUUGAACAUUUUAAACGUCCUCGCGAAUCAGCAUCAGCCAGCAGCUCAGCUAAUGUUAGCGAUGCUACACCGGUACCAACGUCGACGCCCGCUCUGCACCCGCCCGUCGGAGAGGAUGCUGUCAGUGAAGGAGAUAACCUCGGAUGCGAACGCCAACUACGUCUCAACAUGUCGAUACCAGUCGUCGAUUUCAGUGUUUACGAACUGGAAAAAACAAAUGUAUCAGAUGACAAGUUUGAAAAGUUAAGUAAAGAACUGAGGAAGGCCUUUGUGGAGGUGGGAUUUGUUUAUCUGAAAAACACUGGCAUACAUCAAGAAGAGGUGGACAAAGUCAUGGACAUUUCCAGGCAAUUCUUCUGUUUGUCUGAAGAUAAGAAGAAGCCUUUCAGCAGGGGCGAUUUCUCUUGUAACUGUAACCACGGCUGGGUCUCACUGGAAAAGGAAAGUUUGAAUCCUCAACGACCCGGUGAUUUGAAGGAGGCAUUUAAUAUAACGUCUUUGCGCAAGGAUAUUGAUUGGCCCUCUGAAGGAGUUGAAGAUUUUCGAGAUGGCAUGGUGUCUUUUUUUAAUCGCUGUAAAGAUCUUUCUCUCAGGGUGCUGCGAGUGAUGGCGAUUGGUUUAGGCCUAGAGCCAAAGGUCUUCCUUGAAGCACACAAGCAUAUUGGAAGUGAUAAGAAUGACACCACUCUGCGGACUUUGUACUACCCACCACUAAAAAGUGACGUUUUGAAGCCCAAUCAGCUGCGCUGUGGUGAACACUCAGACUAUGGUUGUAUCACUCUUCUUUUCCAAAGUCCAGAGGGAGGAUUACAGGUUUUCAGCCGGACUGGAGAGUACAUUUCAAUCCCUGCCAUUUCUGGUACAGUUGUAGUAAAUAUAGCAGAUCUCAUGCAAAGGUGGACCAGCGACGUCUAUGUGUCUUCUGUUCAUAGGGUUUUGCUGCCCGCUGUAAGUGACAACAGGACGCGUCAGUCUUUGGCAUUCUUUGUUCACCCAGAUAAUGAGGCCAUAAUUUCAUGCUGUGAUGGAUCGGACAAAUAUCCACCUGUUAAUUCAAUUGAUUACCUUUUGUCAAGGUUCAAGGAAUCGUAUGGCAAAAAAUCAGACAAUUUGUGAUAAAGUCAUG